CCCAUGAUGCUCCGGAAAAGCCUUAUUUUGUCGGAAAGAGGCGUUAUAUGAUCACCAAUAACAGGAUCAAUCGCUUUUCUAGAUCCAAUGCUCGGAAUACCGAACAACUUUCCCCUGUAGACGAAAAAUCACGAAUGGCAUAUAGAGAGCUGCAGAAUUUGCGAGGAAUGCACUCGCAAUGGGGCUACAUUCGACAUCAGUAUCCUACUUCUGAGCUCCAGUCUGCCCGGAAAGCCUUUACAUUUUGGAAGACCAAAUUUUGGAAAGUCUCGAGACCAGACAAGCCAGAAGUGCCAAAAGUGCCCUGGCCUUGGCGAGAUAAUGCAAAGUGGCUCUUUGGACUCAGCGAUGCCCGUAGUAUGCAGCAGGCAUGGAAGAGUCUCGAUAUAGAAAGCCGCCGCAAGCAGUGGCCUGUACUUAUGCUUUCGACCUUGGACCUCUGCCCUGAAAAGGCACAUGCGGUGCUGGAGGCUACUCUGGACCCUUUACCGCCUGGGUACGCCAUUAACGAUGUGCUUCUGUUCAUUGCGCAACGCUUGCGCAUUAGCAGCAUUAGAAAUGUUCGCGAGCGAACUGUCAAGGCAGAAGAAAUGGUGGAGAUUGUGGCCAAAGUCCUCGAAGAUGCCCCUGCUGGCCAUGUGCCCCUUGGCCAGCGAACAGCUGGUCUUCUUGCAAGCAAGCUACCAAGUGACCAAGCUAGUGAGCUAUACAAUAUGUUGCAGAGGGCCAAUGUCAAGCUACAUCCAAAUACCCAACUGCAGUUUGCUGGAAAGCUGGCGGAGGAGAUGGCACAUAAAGAUGCUGCAUUUGAGAUCCUUAAAGGACUUGCCGAGAGUGGAGUCGAUCUCAAUGCACCCAGCCCUUCGAGUACCAUCACUACGCUGUUGCAUUGCCGGAUCACACAUGGCGGCUUGUCAGAAGAAAAGCCGGCCUUUUCGCCCAAGGAUGCCCUAGAGUACUUCAUGGUCAAAGGCUUUGUACCCAACGUCAUCAAUGCAACGGCCUUUCUCGAUUCUCUAUGCCAGCAGGCAGAAGUUGACGAGGCCAUCCGGCUUGCCUUGCUGUUCUCCGAGUCUGGCGUUCAGCUGGAUGCAAAAGCCUGGUCAACCAUCUUCAGAGGUGCCAAAGGGAGCCUCAAGGUAGAGAAUGUGGCCAAAGGCCUUGAAGUUGCCAAAGUAGCCAACGUCCCUUAUGUGGAUGUGCUCAACAAUGCACUUCACACCGUGUUCUAUUUCGCAGAGAUGGAAUCCCGCGAGAAGAGUUUCUCCACACCCUGGGUCUAUCCAUUGUUUGGGCCGAUGCUGCGAGCAUACGCAAAGAAAUUCGAACUGGAGCCUUUGCAGUGGUGGCUUCCCGACUCUUUGCCUCUGAUACUAACCCAGACGACGGGCAAUGACGGAGAGAAAUUUGACAGUAGCCGCCCGCGACGGUGGGAGUUUCUACACACGAUAGUCCCUCUUACUGAAAAGUUCUUUUCCACCCCGAAUGUCGGGCCGAAACUACAACCUAAUCCAACAACCAUAGCCAUUAUGCUCAGGGCCUACAUUAAGACUCUGCAACACCCUUACGAUCUUAUGGCCUUCUAUGUCUUUUUCAAGGCUCGGCUUGAGGAACACAAAGAUUUUGCCGCUCAGCUGAUCAAGGAUCAAGGCAGCUUAGUUCAUGAUACUAUAAUCAUGACUAUGAUGGAAAGACGAGGACUAUCCCGGCCUGCGCUACAAGUUUUCGGAGACAUGCUCAAAGAUCAUGUACAGAGAAGCGUGUCAAAGGCUGCGGAGGGAGGUGACUCUGAGGCGAAUGAUGGUCAAAACAGAGCCAUUCCUGUCCAUCCACCUCCAGGUCUAUGCACAUUCAGCAUCCUUGUGCGCGGUCUACUAAACGGUGGAGAUCGAAUUCUGGCGGAGCAAGUCAUCCAGGUUAUGAAGGAGCAGAAUGUCGACCCUAACCUCGUGACGUGGAAUACCUUGACCAAGGGAUAUGCGAAGAUGCAAAAUAUCAACAAGACAGUGUCUACUUUGCAGGACAUGGAGGCGGCAGGCUUCAAGCCUGACCUAUUUACUUUCAAGGCGUUUGGAAAACUGAAGAACCAGGGCCGGGCAUUAGAGAUGAUGGAAGGCAUCAUCGACACGAAUAGACAAAAGAUGGCAGGCGAGGAUUUGUAUGAGUAACGCGGCAUGUAACUGUACGUUUUUUUGGCAUAUCGACGGAGGCGAAGAGGUGCUUUGGAGUUUGUGUUGCUUUGAACGGCGGAAUGGCAUGAUACCAUAGAGUGGAAAGCAAUUGGAAUACUCGUGACGGCUUCGAAUAUGCAUCAAUCUAUCGAAUAUAGAUAAAGAAGGAAUAACAUUAGAGUAUUUUUUAUUUAUUUUACGUA